ACAGUACAAGCCCCUCCUCGUCUAACGUCACCGAUUAGGAUCGGAGCUCGGAGCUUGUCGGCAAUAUUGUUGCCAGAUCAGGUUGUGGCUUCUUUGUGAGGAAAUCCGCGUAGAGUGAUUGCAGACCGUUUUGUAUAAAGGCUCUGAUUAUUUCACGAGACCUGCAAUUGAUCGAAUAAACUACCGGAUACAAGUCUGCUCUGUCUACCGGGAGAGAAAAAAAUCUGCAAAUCCUGAUUCCAUUGAGGGAACUUUGGCUUGUUUCGUUCGAAAAAGUAAAGAAGACCUUUGCAAAACUGUCCUCUGUUGGAUAUAAACUACAAUCUAAGGUAGCAGAUAAUUCAGGGGAAAAAACUCUCCGUUCUGGUUUCUGGAAGUUGUCAUUGAGGCAUCGAACACCUCCUUCCCGCCCCCUCGCCUCUUUUCCGAAAUACUGGAGGGGGGUAUAGCAGUAGCAGUGGAAACUGCAGCAUUGGAUGAGACGCGGGAUUCAAGGUAGACCGGGGAUAUCCUGCCGCAUUACUUGACUACCAGAAAACAAUUUUUGACGAUUUCCGUUUCUCGCUUAGUUAACAUAACUAACGCAUCAUCUUGAUUGUGCGGUUGUGCGUAAAUUGAGCCUUGGAUAUCGAUCAAGCUCACGGGAGAUCUAGGCUAUAGGCUACUCAUCAAUCUACUUUACGGACACCAAUUCCGAGUUGCGUAGUUCAGAGCAACUAAACGUUGGAAUAAAUACACUCAGUUAGGAAUUGAUGCAGUCCACAUCGGUUCGAAUCCAUUCAUUAGUUUGAAAGUACUUCCACAUCCACGUCGGUUCUCAAGGUAACAGCGAUUUCCCAAACAACGGACGGACUGGAAUUUGUGUUCGAGUUGCAUGCCUGGACAAAAUCAUCUGGAGUGAACAUAUCCAUCUACUCUGGGGUUAGCAGCUAUCACAGACGGUCCGGAGUGUUGAAGUGCCAUGGCGAUGCUGGCGAGUAUUUGGAUAGUCCUGCUGUCUGUCACCAUACAAGGUGGCGACGGACAGAGCGUUCAGAUGGACCCCAUAAAGUCGGGCUUCGUGGGUUCCCAGGUGGAGCUGCGCUGCAUCUUCCAGAACUCCAACCCUCCUGUCAAGAUUUCUCAGGUCACGUGGCAGAAGUUUGUGAACGGCACCAAGCAGAAUGUGGCCAUCGCCAACCCGUCCCUGGGCGUCUCCGUACUCCCUCCCUUCAAGGAGAGGGUGACGUUCAAACAGGCAGCCGUGCGUCAUCGCACUCCGUCUCUGGAAGACACCACCAUCAUGUUCUCCAAUCUGAAGCUCUCCGAUGAGGCCGCGUACAUCUGUGAAUACACCACGUUCCCCGCAGGGAACCGGGAGAACAUGGUCAACCUCACUGUCUUUGCAAAACCUGUGACCCACAUGACUCUGACCACACCCACUAUCGUGGCCCGCCCCCAGAAGCGCAAGAUGACCGUGGCGACCUGCCAGUCGGCCAAUGGGAAGCCUCCGAGCGUCAUCCAGUGGGAGACGACCCUGAAGGGCGAGUCCACGUUCCAGGAGACACGAAAUGUCAACGGCACCGUCACGGUCCGCAGCAACUACGUGGUGGUUCCGGGCCGGGAGACGCACAAGCAGAAACUCACCUGCGUGGUCACCUACCGUGGCGACCGGAUCAAAAACAGCGUUGUGCUGAACGUGCAGUAUGAACCAGAGGUCACGAUUGAGGGCUUCGAUGAUAACUGGUAUCUGAACCGUAAGGACGUCAGCCUCACCUGCAACGCCGACGCCAACCCACCGGUUACCGUCUACCAGUGGAAACUUUUAAACGGAUCUCUUCCCAGCACCGUGGAAAUCCGGAACAACUCUUUGAUCUUCAAGGGGCCAGUGACCUAUGAACUUGCUGGGACGUACGUGUGUGAUGCCACGAACAGCAUCGGGACUCGUACUGGGCUGGUGGAGGUCAACGUCACUGAAUUCCCUAACAACCCGUCACCUUGGGACCGCAACGUCAAGCAGGACGAGCACAAUGCGGGCGCCGUCAUCGGGGGUGCAGUGGGCGGGGUCGUCCUGCUGGCGGCCGCCGCCACGCUGCUCUUCCUGUUCCUGCGCCGCCGCCAGCGCACCUUCAAGGGCGACUACAGCACCAAGAAACACGUGUUUGGGAACGGGUACAGCAAGGCCGGCGGCCUGCCCGCCAACCAUCCCAUCCCCAAGAACCUCCAGUACCCAGACGACUCAGAUGAUGAGAAGAAACCGGCCCAGAUCGGCGUGAGCGGCGGGUUCGAGGCGAGCGAGCGCGAUUUUGACGGCGACGCGGAGGACCUGAAGAGGCCCUAUUUCACGGUGGACGAAGGAGAGAGCCGGGAUUACGAUGAACGGACUCUCGCUUUCCAGUACGACCCCGAGCCUGAGAUAGCGGACGACAUGGUGUCCCAGACCGACGGCUCUGUCAUUUCAAAGAAAGAGUGGUAUGUGUGAGAGGUCACGCAGCAAAACAGCCGGCCCCGCCUCCUCCUGUCAUCCGCCCACCACCACCACCACAACCCCAUCACAAACCACCACCCCUCCGUUUAGCCACAACCCCUCCAUCCCUCCACCCUAUCCCUCUGCAAGUUAGUCUAGAACCCCCCCCCACCCAAACCCAACCCCCCAGGCCAUCAGAACCCAUUCAACUAAAACCGCAUUCGAAAAAUGCAGAGUCAUCCACAAAAGAGCUUGCAACAACACAUCGCCAUGUCGACCACAGCAUUACAUCAUGGUGUAUCGGAAUCCUAUUAGAUGAAACUGCAAUUAAAACAAAACACGAUGUGUCAUCGGACUCCAGUCGCCAUUGACUUUUAAAGGCCAGACUGAGACAGUCUGAACUGGUCGCUUGGAAAAUACUUGUGUAUUAUUCAUUUUUUGUGUAUUUUUUUUCAUGAUAUAUAAAUGUAUUAAAUGUGUAAAAAAAAAAAAAAAAAAAGACUUGGGGAACAUGGUGAGGUUUUAGCAGAGCACAUUGUGAAAGUCCAUCACUGGUUGUAUGAUACAUUGUUUUAGUUUUUUCUAUUCUCAUCACCAUGGUCCUUACUACUAUUGUUUAAGGUUUUGUUUUUAUAACUUGCUUUUUAUACGUUAUGUUGGUUAACUAGGGGGUGAAGGUUUUCCUGUUGGUUACCAGGUGGGGGUGUAGAUAGUAUGAGGUACGUGUUUUUAGAGAAAAUCUAAGAUGUCUGCUAAUGACAGCUCCAACUCCUCAACAUAUGUAGCUUCUCCAGAAUAAUUUGCAACAUUCAACAUGGUAAUGGCCUCUUACGUGUUAUAACUAGCAAGAUUCACCACGGUACUGGCCUCUUACGUGUUAUAACUAGCAAGAUUCACCACGGUACUGGCCUCUUGCAUGUUAUAACUAGUCAGAUUCACCACGGUACUGGCCUCUUACGUGUUAUAACUAGCCAGAUUCACCACAGUACUGGCCUCUUACGUGUUAUAACUAGUCAGAUUCACCACGGUACUGGCCUCUUACGUGUUAUAACUAGUCAGAUUCACCACGGUACUGGCCUCUUACGUGUUAUAACUAGCCAGAUUCACCACAGUACUGGCCUCUUACGUGUUAUAACUAGUCAGAUUCACCACGGUACUGGCCUCUUACGUGUUAUAACUAGCCAGAUUCACCACAGUACUGGCCUCUUACGUGUUAUAACUAGUCAGAUUCACCACAGUACUGGCCUCUUACAAGUUAAAACCAACAGCGUUUACCACAGUACUGGCCUCUUCUCCAAUAAUGACUAGCAACACUUCACCACUAUACAGAGUAGUAUAAUAUAUGACAGACUGCUAUGUAUUUUGACCUCCGCCCACACCCAACUCAGUGGAGAAACAAACCAUGUUGGUUUUAGCUGCUUUCCAAAGACAUCGCCAGUGUUUAUUUGAAAACCCUGGAGUCGUCACGGCUGAGCCUGCACUGGGACCCUGGGCACGUGUCAACACAACAAGCCUUAUGGACAUGGUGGUAUAGUACAUACAGGCCUCGAGGAGACGUCAGUACAUGGAGAAUGUGCCUGCCUGUGCCCUAGAUUCACAUGCUGUGUCGUGCCGGCGGCCAUCUUAGCUUGUCAGCCAUUUUAGCUUGGCUGAGGAAGCGGAGUAGACACAGGCUACUGUCGUGGCGCAUUCCACAUUUCAGUUGGUCACACGUUCACCUCAUGCGGCAUGUUUCCUUCAUUAGGGGCAUCGGCAUGGCGGUCCAGUAUUUUCAACAUACCGGCAGUAGUACUUGCUCUGAAAAGGACCAUUAAAAAAAAUAAAUGUCUUGAACUAGAAAGGGUUUACCCGCAUACCUGAAAGUCUAUAUAAUGAAAUGUCUAGUUUUGUUUUUUGGGGAUCCUAAUCAGGUGUUUUUACUGCUGUAAAUGUUUUAGUUUCUGCGAGGUUGUGUUAGAGGGUAUGCCUUGGGACUUCCACAGAAGGCUGGUUUGUGCUGUACAACUUAAAUCCACUGCUUGCAUAGGGACUUUGGAUCUCUGGUAAUCUUAUGAAUGUGUAAAAAAAGGACCUACAGUACUUGCUACUUUCCACUCACACCACACUUCUUGCAGGAUCCACCAAUGGGAGACAGUGGACAUUGGGACAGUGACAAUGAUGCUUCAUGUGUGUUUGCGUCUCUCUGGCCAAAAGAGAGAGAGAAAAACUCAAAGACGGAGAAAUAUUGUGACAUAUACCGUAUAUUGUCUGACUGGAUUUGUCAACCGUUGUUUGGUUGUUGUUUUUUUUUGUCUUUUCUUUUCAUUAACUGAUGUGUUUUUGUUGUUGUUUCAUAUGUUUCAGCAUCUCUGUAUGCACUCAAAUGGGAGAAAGGAAAACAGAGUUCCUUUUGCCCAACGAAUCGGCAUCAGAAACAUGGAUGAGCAUGCUGCCCUCCUUUAGAGGGGCUGCCGUAUUGUUUGGCUUUUUUUAACCCACUGUACCUGAUGAGAGGAACCCAGGUCCAAUGAAUAAAAAUCACUCUUUGUCUUCACAGCUUUGAGGUCUAACAUACAAGCUACGACAGAUUAUUAUUAUUUUGGAAAAUCAAUCCAAAUCCUGGAUCAACAUGUGGGUAGGAAAUCUGUCUGAAGGUGACAGACGUCAAUGCAGAUACACUUGGCUGACUGUAAACUGGUACGAAGAUUUAGUACAUUUUAUGCAUGUGCUUUUACGUGAGGGCGGAUCCAUGUGUUUUGUUAACGAUCCGCUUUUUGUACCAAGCCAGAAUACCCCUCUUUGUGUUCACGGCUCAGAUUAGCUUGGAGGAGCGGGGUUCACUCCUUGCCAGUGUUUGUUUGGAGGAGGGAGUAAUGGUGGGCAGUGGCUGACUAUAGGAUUUCAUCAUUCUUUAAAGACAAACGAUCAAGGUUGCCUUCCAAAUGGCACCCUGUUCCACUCAUGACCACAGCACCAUGCGGGGGAAGAGGAUGCCAUUUGGGACAGCGUCACUUUGGUGUUGCCUGUUUCUCGGCGGACAGGGAAAUGAAGACACGGGCUGAGCCUGUUACUGUCUAGCCUGCUCUCUCUGGGUUUGGGAUAAAUGAGUUGGUUCUGAUUAACAAACAUCACCGUAACGUCUUAAAGUCGACACUACCAAAACCUCGAGUGAAAUGAAUGGUGUCCUCCCAUCAAUAAGCAUUUGUUUUAUGUUAGAUGUGUAUUUUAUAUUUUAUUCAGCUGCAGUUAUUACAGUUUCAGCAAAGUGCUUAAUGAAAGAGACCAUACAUGAUUUAUUUUUAUUAUUCUUAACAUAUGUUAGCUGAGUGUUCAGUGCCUAUGAAAUUUGUGAGAAAUUAGGUUUUGUAAAAAUGAAAGUUGCUGCUCCGUCCGAGUCCUAUUUCAUCAGUCCAUGCUCUGAAAUAUAUGUUUAAAAAAAGUUACAUGAUUUAUUGUAGAUCGAUAAAGAGCAGGUUUUAUUUAAUUUUUUUACCUCAAAGUUAAAGAGGAAUGCCCCACAUGUCUCUGAUGUACGAAACCACUCCUGUAAUUUCUAAUCAAAUCACAGAAAAAGUUGAGUUUAGUCUCUACACUCUCUCCACAUUAACUCUCCAGCACUUUGAUUGCUCAUAAAACUGGAAAUAUAUAAAGAUCGAGAGAAAAUUUGCUGGGUUGGAAAUGUGUCCACAUUCCGUGGUGGAUGACUUCUGCAAAAGCACAAACUUAAAAGCUGGAAUUAUUUUCACAGUAAUUCAGAGAUUUUAGAUAUAAUUAACCCUAAUACACAACGUUGUCCCUGUACCCAAAGCAAUUCUGUAACUAAGGCAAAUUAUGUUUCUAUUCAAGCACAAGUCAAUGUUUUUGGGCCAAGUCAUUAGCAUACCAUUUAAUUGACAUCUUGAUGCAUCAAGGAACUACUGCCACACUCAACUUUGACACAACCAACCUGUGAGAAUCAAAGGCAUUGUUGUUUUAAUGGAAUCCAUAGAUUGUGGCUGUUGUGAAAAAUAUUGUCUAUCUUCUUUUUGGAAUUUCAUAUGGUGAGGGGGUUCCAGGUGUUUUGUUUUUCUAUAAUUGAUAGCGGUUUCAUUCCCUCCUUCUUCAUCUACUUUUGGAUACAAUAGCUUUUGGUCUAUAGGCUUCAGCUUAACAUUCCAUUGUAAAUAAUGUAUAUAAUAUUGAGGUUGAGAUUGAGAUUAUAGAUGGGUUUUAUUUAGGGACAACUGCAACCUUGCCUGUUCAAUGUAUAAUAAACCUAUUUUGACUGCAAAAAAAACUGAAAGACUAGAGAGCAACUAUUCUUGGGGUGGCAAUAUUCUGGUAACUCCAGUCAGUAUUUCUGGAAGACCUGGAUUUUUUUUUUAAGUUACUGGAAAAAUGCACCGCAAACUUUGAUGGCUAGAUUGAGUUGAUAUUCACAGAUCAUUCUUAUUACAGCUAUCAUCCCUCUGAUACUACCACGACAAAAGGUAGUAUAACUUACAUUUCUGCAGAAUCACCCGGCUUCCAGAUAUUUCUCUUGGUUCCUCCUGAUUCGAGAAAUCCUUCUAUAGGGAUUCUUUGGGAAACCUGGUAAUCCUGGGAAAGUUACCAGAAUUUUAGCAACCCUUACAGCGAGGUUUUGAUAUGCUGCAGAUAUCAGCUAUUAUUGUCGCUGGGUCGAUGCAUUUGGUUGGUUGACUCUGUAAAUAAUACACUGCAACUAAAUUUAAAUAGAGAGAAAACGUGUCUGUAUGCAGCCAUGUGAAUGUACAAUAUUUCUGAGGGUGUUAUUACAGCUAUUGAUGAAAAAAAUGAAACUCUUGUUCAUAUGUGAUGACCCAGUGAAGUAACUUGUAUUUGUUUUAAAAAGCAUUAAAUGAUUUCAAUAGUCAA